AUGGAGAACGGUCUUAUAAAUGGGAUUGUAUUUAUUGACCUAAGAAAGGCAUUUGACAUGGUGGACACAGACUUGUUACUACGAAAACUUACUAUUUACAAAUGUGAUUUUUUGACAUUGUCGUGGUUUAAGUCAUACUUGCAAUGUAGAGAACAAUGCGUGCAAUUCAAAGGUAAUUUGUCAUCUUCAAUGCCUAGCCUCCAAGGUGUGCCACAAGGAAGUAUUUUGGGUCCACUAUUAUUUAUUGCAUUUAUCAAUGAUCUUCCAUUAUAUGUCAAUUCCAACACAGAUAUGUAUGCUGACGACUCAACAAUAUAUUCUAGUGCUAAAACAAUUGAAGAACUAAAUGUUAAACUAACUCAUGAUAUGUGUAAUGUUCAUACGUGGUGCAGCAAUAACAACAUGGUAAUUAAUAACAGUAAAACUAAAGCAAUGGUUAUGACAAGUUACCAGCGUGCUGCUACGUUAAAUUCAAAUCUACACGUUCAGUUUAAUGGAAUGAAGCUAACAAACACUGAGAAUGAAAAAUUGCUUGGAAUUAUUGUCAAUAACAACUUAUGUUGGAAACUACAGAUUGAUAAAGUAGCAAGGUCGCUAAACAAGGGAAUACAUCUGUUAAGACAAAUAAAGGAAUAUUUGCCAAUACGUUACAGAGUUCUUUACUAUAAAUGUUUUUUACAAACUCACAUCGACUAUUGUUCGACAGUUUGGGGUCAAUCGACUGACGUAACAAGAAUACACAAGCUUCAAAAAUUGCAAUGA